UUUCUAUAAUAAUAAAGAUAACCUCACUGAAAAACAGUUAGACAUUGAUGAAAAUUGUCAAUUACAACCUGAACCUGAAAUAAUCGAGAAUUCUGAAGUUAAUUUGAAUACAAGCAACAUUGAUGAUACUACUAUCGUUACUGAAGGUAACUCAGAUCAGUCGUCCAACAUACAAACAAUAAAGUCACACAACUCACCAUCAACAAGUUACAGUCAGGAAUCGAUGAGGGACAAACAAAUAUUAUCAGGAAAGUGCAAAAGAUGUAUAUAUUCUACAAAACUAUUAGAAAGCAAUGAAGCUUUAAAAAGGAAACUAAAACAAUCGAAAGAUCGUAAUAGAAAAUUGAAAAAAGAAAACAACACCAAUUUAUACAAAAUGAAACUGAAACGAAUGUUCACAAAUGAUCAAUUGCGUGCUUUGCUAACAGACUCUAUAAGAUCAAGACAUUGGGAUAACGAAACAAUUAUAAAAGCAUUACGUCUCAAAUUUGCUUGUGGUGAACGUGGUUAUGAAGAAUUAAGAAAACAAAAUAUACCAUUACCAAGUAUUAGAACACUGCAAAAUAGGUUACAAGGUCUCAAAUUUUCAAGCGGAAUAUCUGAUGAAAUAUUUGAGUUCCUAAAACUUAAGAUACCGAAUUUCGAAAAUGAAAGAGAUAAAGAAUGUUCUUUAAGUAUGGACGAAAUGAGUAUUGCCCACAAAUAUAGUGCAUUUUGAUCACUUUGUAGAAUUACUUGAGCAACAAAAAGACUUAGAGUUUUUGUUAACGCCAAAACUACAUAAAUCUUAUGUACAAUGUGAUAAUCAGUUUUCAAAAAUGCGUGUGAAUAGAGCAAAAAAUGUUUUAAGUACAGACGUAAGCAGUGCUCUAGAAUUUUUGGCAGAUGAAAAUAAUGCUCCUCAAUAUAUAGCAACAGCUUGGUUUGUGAAGAUAAUUGCCACAUGGUUCACAUUAAUGACAGCAAGACGCUGUUCAGUAGCUUUAGGAAAAUUAUAUAUAGAUAAGCUCAAUGAAAAUGUUUCUUUUUUACAUGAAUGUAUAUAUCUUUUUAAACACUUAACAGUUGGUAGUAAAGGUCAAUUUAAGCCCGUGCAAAGAGGCAUAAUAAUUGCCACAACAUCCAUUAUAGAGCUUACUCAGUUUUUGUUAGAAGAGAGAGCAUUUCAAUUUGUUUAUACUGCUCGUUUUACUCAAGACUGUGUUGAGAAUUUAUUUUCAGUUAUAAGAUCAAAGAAUCCUGUUCCUAACGCUUUACAAUUUAAGAAUAAUUUAAAACUUAUUUGUAUUUCAUUGUAUAUACGUAAUAUUAUAGAAAGCAACUACGAAGAAGAUGACACAAAUUACUUAAGUGGUUUUUUAGAUGUUAUUAUUUCAAAGAAAGAAACACCUUCAUGUAAUAAUAACAUAGAUAGGUCAUUACAUAUCAGUGUAGCAGAAAUUCCCACCGUGAAUAAUAUCGAAAUGAACAUUUUAUAUAACAUAGCUGGGUACAUAAUUCAUAGUCUACAAAAAAAUACGCAGUUAUGUAAGAAAUGCAUUCGUUCAGUUUGUAAUAUUAAGGGCAAAACUUUGUAUUAUGAUAAAUUAGUACGAAUACGUUGUUACAAAACAAACACAUUAUUUCACGUUAAUAAAGCGACAUUGGAUAUGUUUCUACAAAUGGAGCAUAUAUUUAGGCAGUACCAGAAACAAAUAAAAUCUAUUGUGACAUAUAAUGUAAAAAUGUAAUCAGAACAAUUAUUUACUUCUUACAUAAAGUGCAAUUUUAUACCAAA